AUGGUUCUAACGUGGUUCAUAACCGGCUGCUCCAGUGGCUUUGGCGAGUCCUUCGUUCGUCAGCUUUGCGCUGCAGGCGACAAUGUUAUAGCGACGGGGCGAAAUGCCCAGACAAAGCUUUUUCAUUUGAAAGACACUGGCGCAGCAAUUCUCGAUCUUGAUGUCGCAGCACCUCCCGAAGUCAUCAAGGCCAAAAUUGACGAGGCUUGGGCUAUCUAUGAUGGAAUCGAUGUGGUUGUGAACAACGCCGGUUUUAUUCUCAGUGGAUCUUUUGAAGAACAGACCCAAGAGGAUCUAGAAAGGUCAUUCCAGGUCAAUCUGCAUGGUCCCUUAAAUACCACUCGUGCAAUACUGCCGUACUUCAAAGAGAGAAAGUCUGGAACAUUGCUCUAUGUCAGUUCUCAAGCUGCCUGGCACUCUGACCCUGGCGCAUCCAGUUAUUGCGCCAGCAAAUUCGCCUUAGAAGGUGCUGUGGAAUGUCUCGCAAAAGAACUUGCAAUUGUAGCACCAACCUUGAGAAUCCUCAUCGUUGAACCAGGAUACUGCCGUACCCCCGUCUUCGACAAAGUGCAGUAUGUUACGGGAGGUGUGCCUGAAUACUCUCAAUUCAACGAAGCAGUUCGAAGUGGCGUGGCUACGUUGUCGGCGAAUUCCCCAGGAAAUCCAGAGGUGGCAGUUGCUCGCAUGAUUGAGCUGGUGAAGGGGACUGGAUUUGCGGAGGGAAAGACAGUGCCUCUACGUGUACCACUGGGUUCGGACUGUUUGGGAAGAGUUAAAGCAAAGUGUGAGGAGACAUUGGAAAUUUGCAACAAAUGGGAGGAUGUAGCGAGGAGCACUGAUUACACGAUAGAGUGA